AUGCCUUCCAUCUUCCCCAACCAAGAUACUCUUGUCAACACCUUUGGCUCGAGACAUCCACUCUUUGGCUUUCAUGGAGAGGCACAGAAGCCAGCCCCAACGCCAAUGGAUAGACCUUUGUUCCCUGCAUGGAGCGCCAUUGAUGAUGUCAAGCAUAAAGCAGAGGCCGUGGGCAAGUCAGCUACCAAGGAAUUCGACAAGGCCAGCGCAAAGGUCCAAUCUAAAACUGGUCAAAUCGAGCUGUAUAGUCCAAAGUAUUAUGCUUCGUGUAUCUUUGGAGGUUUACUAGCUUGCGGCUUGACACAUGCUCUUGUCACUCCGCUGGACUUGGUGAAAUGUCGUCGCCAAGUUGAUCCCAAUAUGUACAAAGGCAACCUCGAGGCCUGGUCCAAGAUUGGCCGAGCGGAAGGUAUCCGCGGUAUCUUCACUGGCUGGGGUCCCACCCUUUACGGAUACUCUGCCCAAGGCGCGUUCAAAUACGGUGGAUAUGAGUUCUUCAAGAAAUUUUACAGCGACCUUUUGGGAGAGGAAAAAGCUAUCCGCUGGAGAACAUCAGUAUACUUGACUGCCAGUGCGUCUGCAGAGUUUAUCGCAGAUGUUGCACUUUGUCCAUUCGAGGCUGUAAAAGUCCGAAUGCAAACUACAAUCCCACCUUUUGCGACUCGAACAUUUGCUGCAAUGUCUCACAUCACUGCAAAAGAAGGCGUUGGAGGACUGUUUAAGGGGCUGUACCCACUCUGGGGCCGGCAAAUUCCGUACACGAUGAUGAAAUUCGCGUCGUUCGAAAGGAUUGUGGAAAUGAUAUAUAACCGUCUCCCAGGCCAGAAGUCGGAUUAUAACAAGGGUGCACAAACAGCCGUUGCUUUUACUGGUGGUUACUUAGCUGGUAUUCUUUGCGCCAUCGUGUCGCAUCCGGCAGAUGUCAUGGUCAGCAAACUUAACGCCAAUCGCCUUCCUGGCGAAGCGUUCGGCGCAGCUAUGGGCCGAAUUUACAAGGAGAUUGGAUUUAUGGGUCUUUGGAACGGUCUGCCCGUGAGAAUUGUCAUGAUUGGCACAUUGACUGGCCUCCAAUGGAUGAUUUACGACUCCUUCAAGAUUUUCAUGGGCCUACCAACAACUGGUGGCCCAGCUCCGGCCAAACAGACCACCUAG